AAAAGCUUACUGACCAAAAACGAGAGACAAAGAGAUAUAUCACUAAAGAAGAAGACGCGAGAAAGUAAUAAACUGAACAAGAAGAUUACACGAACGAUCAAACAAGAAACCGAUUCAUAAUCUCCGCAAAGAAACAGAUUCUAUUUCGAUCACAACGUCUGAUUCUGAGUUCUCUACGCCAAUAGAUUGUGUUGUUUCCCUGAAGAAGAUGGCGGUUUAUGAUCAUAGCGGAGACACUAACAGCACUCAACUCGAUACAUCACGUAAAAGGAAAGCGAGGAGUAGACGUGACGGUACCACUGUAGCUGAGAGGCUUCAGUUGUGGAAGGACUACAACUACAACAUAGAAGAAGCUUCUUCCCCCAAGAAGCGGAGAGUACCUGCGAAAGGAUCAAAGAAAGGUUGCAUGAAAGGCAAGGGAGGACCGGAGAAUAGUCAGUGUAGUUUCAGGGGAGUUAGGCAGAGGAUUUGGGGUAAAUGGGUUGCUGAGAUUAGAGAGCCGAACAGAGGAAGUAGGCUUUGGCUUGGUACCUUUCCAACAGCUGAAGAAGCUGCUUUGGCUUAUGAUGAGGCGGCUAGGGUUAUGUAUGGUCCGUUGGCUCGGCUUAACUUCCCUCAGAAGUCUGUGUCUGAUGUUAUGAGUACGUCGAGUCAGUCUGAGGUGUGCACGGCUGGGACUAUUGGGCGUGUUCAUGUGAAAACAGAGGAUGGAGAUUGUGACUCUGAAGCUAGUCCGUUAGAAGAGAUGAAGAAGGAGGUGAAGGUAGACGCUAAUGCAAGUGUUCCAAGCAGUGAUUGGCUGAGCGAGUUUGAGGACAAGUACUGGAGCCAAGUCCUAGAGGAGAAAGAGAAACAUAAGAAGCAAGAGAUUGCUGUAGAGACCUGUCAGGAGCAGCCUGAAUCACUGUCUGUUGCAGAUUAUGGUUGGCCAGAGGAUUUGGAUCAGAGUCAGUGGGACUCCUCAGAGAUGUUUGAUGUUUCUGAGCUUCUAGGUGACUUGAAUGGGGACAUCUUUACCGACCAGAGCCAGUACCUAGAGGACAAUGUUGCUUGUGGAUUGUCUGAGACCGAGAAGCAGCAAGUUGGACUCUAUCCUAGUUACGGAUUGCCUCCUCUUGAGCUAGGGGCACAGGAUGGUAAUGAGUUCUUCGACAUGAGUUUCUCGGAUCUGCAGAAGUGAGACAAUGGGAAGCAGGUGGUUACAUUUUGGGGUUUUGUUAGUCCCAUCAUUACUGUUGAGACUCUAUUGAGUUUUUUAGAUGUAGAGGAUCUCACGAGACUUUGGAUAAGGGAAACUGUAUAUACGGAGAUGAUGUUUUGUAUAAUAAUAUACUGUAACAGAGAAAAUAAAAUU